GUGGAUCGCUUCUCGCCAGUGUUAUAUCUUACACCGUGGCCGAGAGGUUGACUAUCAAUAUGGCAAACGCAGGCGCUUCGCGCGUCCUACCGAGAGGCUGGGAAGUGCGACGCAGUCGAUCGACGGGCGAAGUGUAUUAUCUGAACGUGCUCACCAAGAAGAGCCAGUGGGACUUCCCAGAGGAACCUGCGCGAGCCGCAUUCCUGGGUCUACUCGAAUACGGCCAAGUGCGGUGUUCGCACAUAAUCGUCAAGCACCGUGAGUCGCGCCGUCCUCGCUCGUGGCGCAAACUGAACAUCACCCGGACGCGAGACGAGGCGCUCGCGCUCAUCAAACGCUACCGCGAGGAGAUCGUGUCCGGAAAAAAGAAGUUCGAAGAUGUGGCGAACGAGUACAGCGACUGCACCUCGGCCAAGUGGAAGGGCGACCUGGGUGCGUUCGGCCGCGGUACUACGCAGAAGGGCUUAGAGGAGGCUGCUUUCACGUUGGAAGUGGGCGAGCUCUCCGAGCCGGUGUUUACUGAGUCCGGCGUCCACCUGAUCCUGCGGACCGCCUAAGACUCUUCCUGCCCUCGGCUGCACAGUGACUUUCGACAGGUCCUCCGCCGUAGGAUGCCGAGUGUUAGUCAGGACGACUUAGCGUGACCGAGUGCGUCUGUUGACAGGUCCCCUCCGUAUAGAAGAUACAGAGGGCCAAGAACGACUUUUCGUUGUGGGGCAGACCCGAGUGCUUCACAAACAGCAGGUGCGUUGCGAGAGGACAUCGCCGUUGUUGUCAUACAC